AUGUCUAACGAGCUCAUUGAUAUAGAUGCAGAUUCAGUGUCUUUUGACCUGCAGUCUUGGAUGGGCAAACCACCCGAUGCCCUCGUUGCAGCACGUUCGGAGCUCCUCAGCCUCCCCACCGGCCUCAAAUUCCCAUUAUUUCCUAUACCGACCCACCUCCCCGCUGCAGAAUUCAUCGCGCUCCAACUGCCAUAUGCUUCGCGCUCGUCUGACAUUGUCAGCGGGUCAGUCGCAAGCUGGUUCAGUCGCGACGCCCCCUGUACCUCUAUCAGCAGUACAUUUUCGCGCUCUCUUCCGUCGAGGGAGGUCAUUCAACGGCUACUUGCAGCGUUGGGUCAGUUUUGGCUUGACGGAUAUCAGUCGAUUGUUGACCCACGAUGCAAUGACGGACAAGACCGCUUCCCCCUCUGGACUCUCAAGUUGUGGCUUGAGCUGGGGUUAAUAAGCGAUACCCAAGCGUCAUGGAGGUCUGCUUUCACAUAUCUGCGUCGCCAAGCGGUGCCUGAUGCGCCAGAGGUGACACGAAAGGCAGCGGAGGAGAUGCUAGGGUUACUAGGGAAAAUCGGCUGGGAGGAGCCCAUUGGGACGACGGGACUUCAAACAACCAGUCUCAUCCGAUUCUUUGGCAAAGCUUGGCUGUCCGAGGAACAAAUUGCGCUUCAAGUACAUCAUAUGCGCGAACGACUGAAAAUGGAACGCCCAAAAUCCGGUCUUCGAGUGCUGUUCGCGCCACUGCUUUUCACCAACAAGCUUCUUCAAACCUCGAUUCAGCACAGCUACGAUGACGAGCAUGUCCGAGACACCGUUAUGAGAAGGAUUGAGGAGCAGGUCUACCGCGAAGAUAUCGAUGUUCUCUAUGCGCCAGCACAUGUCCAAAACAAUCACUGGAUUGUGGUUGCUGCCAACUUCAAGGAUGGGACGGAGAUUCGCUCUUUGACAGCCGCUAUGGUGUCUACCCCCGAAAGAUCAUUCAAAAACUACAGCUAUGGUCGAAAAAAACGGUUUAUGGUCCCCUUGAACGAUAUGGGCAAUGUUCUUCCUAUCGGACAACAGACAGAUAGUCUUAACUGCGGGGUUUGCUGGGCUGACGCAGUCAUGACUGCAGUCUGGGGUGAUCCAGGAUGGAAACCCCAAUUGGGUGUCAUGCGCAGAAUACGCUGGGGCAUUCGAAUGGCUAAGGAGUGUGCCAGUGUUUGCUCAGAGCCAACAACUGUUUCUCCGACUGCUGGCGCUGAGCGCAUGACAGCGUCUUCGACGUCGACACCAGUCACACUCCCAUCUCUCCGACGUCACCACCUCAACGAGCUGCUUAACCCUGAUGUCGAGGCUGCGCAUACACUACCACCCGAGCAAGUGGCUAUUGAGCCUGACACUGAUUCAGAAGACGAAGAAGCCUCAAACGCAGCCAGUCGUACGGGUGGGGAUGACUCUGACACAUCCCUACAUUCUUCGACUUCCGAACGGAGUACUCUGUCGGCGACAGCAGCCAAAAUCGGGAAAGCACUCAAACAUGGUCUUCAGCAAGUCUCGACGACAACUCAGACAACACUUACUGCGGGAAUGAAGUACACACAAUGGCGACAAGCAGAACCACAAAGAAGAUCAUCGGCAAGCGAAAGCGAAAGCGAAAGCGAAAGCCUGGACGACUCCGAGUCGGACGUCGAACCCCCAAAAGCCAGGCCGGCGGGUACGGGAACUGCACGAUCAUCCGUCCAUACCCGCAAUGCUCGUCAAGCGUUCCGGGAGGGUACCUUUCGCCUGGAUAUGUUGCGCUACAAGGGUUGGCUAGAGGGAAUGGCAGAAAUCGAUGAUAAAUUUGCGUAUCGUCCCGGAAAUGUGGUUGAAUGGCGCUGUUCGAAGUGUUACGAGUGGAUGAAGGGGAAGCAACCUUACGAUUUGACACGAGCGCGACAGCAUUCAGCAAGCUGCGGUAUCAAGAAACGGAAGUACAAAAAGCAUACGCAAAACACUCACCGUAUGGACGAGUAUUUGUCUGCUGGGAAAGCAAGUCGGAAGGAAGCUGAAUUCAGAACGUUAUCUCGCGUCCCAUGCCCGGGCAUUGGACCGGAUGAUGAUAUUCGAGUCACUACAUAUCUUGAACGCACAGCAGUCUCCGGAGGUGGCGGUCAAAGUGUUACAGCCUUGUCGAAGCAGUUCUUCAAGCGCUUUUUCAGCCGCCUCGACUCAAAGCAACGUCGCCAGGUGCUAGAUGCGCAGGAGCAGUCACAUACUUGGGAAAAUAAGCACCACUCCCUUCCAGUCCGUGUUUACUCGCGGACAUGCAAGAAACUUCGUCUGCGACCUGUCUCCACCGGACCGCUCCAUGUCGCGAAUGCCAACAAGUUCUCCGACCGUCACUAUGUCCAUACACCCUAUCGUUUUCGCUCUCCACUGAUGGGUCAAAUCUACGCGCGCGCUAUUGGUGUGAAGGAGCUGAUUGAACGGAAGAGCCGCGACUCACCAUUUAUCCGGUACACGCUUGGUGCCUUGCGUGGCGAAUACAACGAUGAAGUGUUCAAGGGUUUGACGGAAGCCAUGGUCACUCAACACGACAAGGAGAGUCGGGGUGUGGGGCUCCAAAACUUUCGCUACGCGCCGGCAUAUGACGACUUCACUCAAAUUCUUAACCUACAAAGUCCGGCAGCAUACCGUACAUUUUCCGAGCAUCUGCCAGCACAGUCGCAACGCAAUCUUCGCUUGAAGGAAGGAAAACAGCCCAAGUUUCCGAUGACUAUCUGCGAGCAGACAUAUGAGCUCGCGUUGAAGCACUUAGAGGCUCUGGCUUGGACGGGGCCCGUUGGACUGAGUGUAGACGAUACAAAGUUGUGUGCAGCGCAUCGUCUCUAUUGGGACUCGGAGAAGGGAGCAUAUAUGUUGGCUCAACUAGACAAGGCAACCAAGCUUCGUCUUUUCACACUCUCAGUACAAGCACCAGGAUCGACACCAAUUUUAUUGCAUGCCAUGCCAAUUGGCUCAAAAAACUGGCCAGCAGAGAAACUUGAGCCGUAUUCUCUGACCCUGCUCACCGGUCUAAUUGAGCGAGGUAUUCGGGUCGUCUCAUAUGCAUGUGAUGGAACAGAGUCCGAAAGGGCGAUUCAACGGCUACUUGUAGAGCAUGCAGACCAAAGGAUAGAGUACGAGAUUCCUGGCGACGAUGACAGUGCAAACUUCAAAAUUGUGAUUGGCCGUUUCCGGGGCCAGCAAGUUGCCAUGAUCCAGGACUCCAAACACGCACUCAAGACCUUUCGCAACAACCUUUUUUCUGGUGCUCGCAUACUCACUCUCGGCAACCACAUUGCACAUUUUGCUCAAAUUUACCAAGUUGCAUUUGAAGAGGGCUCCCCGCUCUACCAUCGUGAUGUCGAAAAGCUCGAUCGCCAGGAUGACGGUGCAGCCACUCGAAUGUUCUCUGCUGACACCCUCCAAUAUAUCGCCGAAAACCAUCCCGACUGGCCAUUUGCCAUCAUAUACCUCUUUGUUUUUGGCGAGCUCGUCGACGCGUACCAAAACCGGUCCCUCUCUCAUCAUAUCCGUUUUCAAAUGGUUAUGCGGGCGAAAUAUUUUCUUGAUGCGUGGUCUGACUUUAUUGACUGCUACCUGUUGCUCUUAAUCAUCUAUCGCGACGACUUUCCCGAUACACCACUUCUCCCAUGGCUACACUCCAGCGAGGCCUGCGAACACACAUUUGGUAUUUGCCGUCAACUUGUCAAGGACUUCACAUACCUCGACUUCCUGUACAUGGUACCUCGGCUUCGAAUUUCCAUUAGACAUGCCAUUCUACGAUCUCGAACAUCCGAUGGGAAAGCACGAGCAGGAGGGUACUGUCACACGUUUUGGGACACGCGUGGAAUGAACUUGGAAGGCCUCUCGAGCUUCCCAACAACGGAUGAAAUGAAGCCACUCGCCACAGCAGCUCGAGCAGAUGCAAAUGCGCUAUGCACUGCUUGUGGUGUCGAUGCUGUUAUUGUGCGUCGUAUGCAAGAUCGCUUUCGUCGCGAAAGAAUCCCGUCAAUCGCAGAUUGGCUUCAUCGGUCUGGAGAUGACGUGGAGUCCAUAAACUCCGAGAACGACGACAAUGCAUCAAUAUCCGCCUCAAUAGGAGAUGGAAAUGAACUCAAUGAGCUGCUCAGCCAACUCGACACUGAGUCCUUUCGCUCAUCGACUACUGCGGCUGGUCGCUAA